CUAGCGCUACGAAGGUACGCCCUACGGUUUGGAUGGAAGUAAGAUGGAGACAUAUCGUCUUGAGUGCCUAGAAUUCAAUAGCACAUCUUCGCUUGAAGAAAUGAAGGUGGCAAUUCAAGCAAAACCGAGUGCUAGAAGCCUUAGUUUAAGUCAGUGCGCAUGUCUGGCAUCUGACGAAUCUUUCCGUGAGCUUGUUCGACUUCUCAACCGUAACUUAUCAUCUCUUCAUGUCGCACAAUUGACCGAAUUUAAUUGUAAUUCUGUUGCUCUAAUAACUGAAAGAUGUUCCAAUUUGAAAGAAAUAAAAUUCACAUGCUGUCCUGGUAUAGACAACGAAAGUUUUAAAUUUGUAGGAGACCAUUGCUCCAGUCUGAAAUCUUUCUCGUGUGUAGGUUUUGGAGACAACGGAGGAACUUGGGGCGUUUCAGAUGAUGCCAUUGCUGAGUUUGUUAACCAUAGUAACGCGCCUGCGCUGGAAGCAGUAACGUUUUCUGGUUUUUCAGACAUCAGCGAUGCAGGUGUUAAAGCUCUUAUUUACAAACACGGCUUUACUUUAAUUAGUAUUGAUCUUAGCCAGUGCAAACAUAUAACGGACUAUGGUGUUGAGACAAUUGCGCUCCAAUGCCCGCGAUUGAGAUUUUUAAGAAUAAACGCAACGAAUGUGACAGACAAUGGAUUAAAAACGCUUGGACAUUCCCGACCGGAACUUUGUCAUCUAGACGUCGGAAACAGUAAUGUCACUGAUAUAGGAGUAGAAUACAUUGCAGGUGCAUGCAUACAUCUUGAGCACAUCAUCUUAGAAAAUUGUGAACGUGUUACGGAUAUUUCAUUGUCAACUCUUACAAAAAAUUGUACAAAACUGGAGAGGGUGUCCUUAAAAAAUACACGUCUUACGCGUAUUCCGUUUGAUAUCGUUCAACUUACCACACUUAAGGAGCUUGAUGUUCGAAUGUGCAAAAAUCUAAUAUUUCCAAAGCCAGAAAUUGUAAACAGUAACAGCACGAAUGAGAUAAUUAUGUAUUUCAAAGAGCAAUACAUUGGAUACCGAAUGCGAGUUUUAUUUGUUGGAGAGCGUGGAAGUGGCAAAUCUAGCUUGAUUAAAUCUCUCAAAGCAGGUGAUGCUAAAAACGUAACCAUAGCAAGUGAUGAUGUAACAACCGAAGUAUGGUUUCCUUUCCAAACAGAUACCGAAGAUUCUGACUUUAACAAUAAAUUUUCUCAAGAGGAAAGAAUGCUUUGUUUGGAACUCUGGGACCAGCCAGGCAGUAAGAUUUCUAGGAGGUGUCAAGUAUUAUCGAUGACAAAUAAAUGUUGCCUUUACGUCAUACUCUCAAAUAUGGCGGAGGAAAGUUCUUUGGAUACAAUAGAGGAAAACAUAAAUAUCGUGCAAAAUAAAGCUCCGGACAUGUCUGUAGUCAUCGUAGGUACUCAUGCAGAUAUGAUGUUGAAUGCUGAUAAGAGGAAAGAGUGGUUAAAUUCUGUGGAAGAUAUUUUGAAAAACCGUAAAGCGAAACACGAACAGAAACUAAAUGAAGAACUUCAGCACUUCGGGCAGCUUGAAAACAAGAAGUCAGUAAAGUUAGCAACGUGUCACCAGAAAUUGUCUAGUUUACUGCAGUCUCGAAGCAACUUCAAAACGAGCAUUGUCUGCACAAGUAUAAUUACAGGAAAGGGACUCGACGAGCUUCGAAGAGUGCUAAUCACAGCGGCGUUAAAUAGUGACAUAUACCCACAUAUGAAUAAAAGUGUCGACGAAUCAACGAGUAAAUUCUACAACGAAAUCCAUACUUUAAAGAAACAAGGAGAUGUAUUAAUAACUUUAGAGAAAUUUAAAAACCUUGCAGAAUCAUGUGACAUACAAAACGCUAGUGAGAUACAGAAAGUUUUAAAUUUCCUAUGCGAAAGGGGCGUAGUGUCUUAUGCUGUAGAAUGUCUUCCGAGCACCAGUGACCCGUCUCUCUUGCUGUCGAGUGCCACUGACUCAUCUUCCCUUCAAUCGAAUAAUAGCGACUUGACUGCUCUACCAUCUAUUAUUUGUAUACAUCCAGCCGCCAUCCAAGAUAUUCUGUACUCAAUUCAUUUGGAGGACUGCAGAAAGGCAUUCAAAUUUGAAACAAAACGGUUCUGGCCCAAAGGUGUUGUUAACAAAAAACCGGACGCUCUUAUUCUGGUGAGGGCAAUUGAAGAGAUUCCUACAAAGGGAAUCAUACGAGAAAGUCUGUUUCCUUUGAUGCUACAGAAACUCAACCUGACCGAAGAUCAGAUCUUGGUGCUUGUAAGAUAUUUAGUCACACUUGGAAUUAUUAUUAGGAAAGAAGCCCUUGAUAUGAAUGACGAGUUUCAUUGCCUGCAAUUGCCUCUAUUUCCCGCCCUUUCUACCCAGCAACAGUACUACAUUACUUGGAUGGACCAGUUACCAGAUAUCGAACCAAGGCUUAACUGGACUGAGGCACCAUUUGAAGGAGAUUUACAAGUGAUCCUACAAUACGAAUUUCCUUUCGGUGUCCCGGAUGGAUUUAGCGAGAGGCUGGUGUCGGUUUGCAAUCAUACGUGUUUUAGAGGGCGCUACAAACAUCACUGGCAACAUGGAUUACUUGCAAAAAAUAGUCAGGUUCUCAUACACAUGACAACGCGUCAGGAAGGUGUUUCCACGAUCGUGUUUACAGCUAGGGCUACUGUUGAUGAAGAAGGGGAACUUAAGGCCACUGAAAGCCUAUGGGUGGAACUUGCGAAUGUUCUCCAGCAAACGGAAGCUUAUAUUUCUCAGUGGCCUGGUCUUUUGAGCAAGGUGUUUGUUCAGCCUGGACCAUGGUACUUCGAUGGUGAAGCACCCGAGGAACUAGUCCAAAUACCACUGGUCGACUGCUUUCAUUUUUUCGAUGAAGGUGAAGACUCAUUGGAAAUUACAAUAGAAGAUCACGUGUUCUUUGUAGACUUGCAUCACCUUUUACCUUUAAAAGACAACAACGAAUUAAAUAUUCAACAAUGGUUAACUUGGCUCACUUCACAAGAAAUUGAGAAUACAUCAGAUCCGUGCUAUUUGCUCGAUAGUAUUGAAGUCAUAGGUGCAGGGGAGUUAAAUAUGGAGAAAAAGGUGGAAACAGUUAACAAGGGGAGAAUAAAAUGGGACAUAUGUGACGGAGAAAACGGUGAUUUAAAAGACCAGCAUUCGGUACAAUUGCAAAAGGUUGCGGCUGAAUUUGUAGCCAAUAUCAUUGCACAGUCAAUGUCUAAGCUGGCACUGGAAAUGGAACGGAAUAAACAGAAAUCAGAACGAGUUGACUCGGAGAGCUCAGCAUUGCGUAUGAAACAUGGUAAACUACUGGAAAAGAAAAUUUAUGGAGAUAACAUUUCAAAGCAGCCUUUCAGUUUAAGAUCAAAAUCACCGGUAAAAAGUAAAACAUGUGUAUUAUUGUGAAAGUGCGUUUCUGACGCGUUUUGACUUUGACACUGUCCGUUUUGAAAGGCUUCGCAAAUGUAUUUUCUGAGGAACACUAAAUAUUGUGUUUGCAUUUGCACCGGAUGGAAGAAUAUCGUUAACACUGCAUGUGCGUGUUCGAGAGCGUAGUCAUGUUGCAAAGAAGUGGAAAUGCGUUGAACGAUACUUUGAUAAGUUGGCGUAUGGUAUUAAUUAUUUAGGAAGCGUUGCUUUAAUUAAUCAUGUCUCAAUAUUUGCUACAUCAUGAAACCCAUGGUAAUGGAUAGGCCUAACUGCAAAAAGUUCCUAAUCGGUCAAAAUCUGAGACAAAGUCUAGUUGUCUCAGGUCACAAGGAACGCGUUCGUCACAAGAAGUGUAAAUCAUCAUUAAAAUCAGAUAUGUUGACCAUGGCAUACGCUAUUUCUGAACCUUUCAAAUCAAUGUGCGUUAUAACAGAAGUCUUGAAUCGAGAAACAAAUCAAUUUGAGGUUGCUCAAUCACCAAAAUGCUAAUACAGGUAAUGACGGCUCGUUACGCUUUGUUUAACCUUCCUGACAUUUUUGCUUGUGAAAGCAUACUCAACACUCUGUCUCAGAAAAUUAAAUCGUUACUCAGAAACUUGAGGACUGUAUAAAUGGCUGCUAUACUCUACUUUUGUACGAUCUGGAUAUCAGUUGUCGAAGAUCUUAUUUCUAAUAAUGCAGUUUGUCAACUACAAUAAAAAAGCAUCGUCUCCAAUACUGGUGACUGUAUAGGUACUCUAUCUCUAAGCUUGAUUUCACCUAUUCUAACGGAUUUCUGAUUUCAGCCCGUAGGGAGAAGAAAAUUAGUUAUUAGAACUUGAAUCUUUUAAACUCCCAAUGAACUCUUGAAAGACAAAAUCACGUGGAAGAAAUAUGCGACAGUUGCUUUUCACAUUCCAUCUAAAGAUAAAUGAUGAUUCUGAUGAUGUCAUGAUGAUUUGAUACGCACCAAGAAGUUACGAACGAAUAAUGGUCCAGUAAUCUGUUUAGGAGGCCUACCAGGCCCCAUGCUUACACGAGCGUAAGUAGUUGUUGAAAGUUCCAGGGCCGGUCACGUCUGCGCUGAAUAUUAUUAUUCAGUUCAGCUUAUUUACAUACCGAAAAAAAGGAGUACCGGCUUAGCUGCUCUGUAGACUGCUGCUUUGGUACGAUAUUACUACUACUUGCUAUGAACUGACACGAGUAGGCUAAAAAAAAAAAAGGAAAAAAAAAUAAUACCACUCUCAACAACCAGAGGUGAAAACGUAAUGAGUAAGAGUAGUAAUUAUUCAGGUAAUAGCCCACCCAAAAAAAAAAAAAAAAAAAAAAAAAUGGAACGUUAUUACAACAUUUAUGAACGUAAUUGCUAACACGUUGUGGCUAGGUUAUGUCACAAAUAAAAACGCAGUUAGGUAUAUCACUAAAUAACGCCUACACAAGCAUCGUUUGAAGGAUCAUUUAGUCAGGAAUAAGCUGGUUUCGCAAGCUUACGAACCGAUGAUAACGAAUACGGUUAGGUCAGCAGCAUAUAUUUGUCAUAACAUAGGCCACUCACAUGCCUUUUACGUGCAUAAACGAUCAUAUAUUCAGCUUGACUAUGUAUUGUCAAUACUGUUUCAGGCACAAACGAAUAGGGAAAAAUUGGAUUGGAUCCGCCCCUAAAUAAUCAACGUUGUACCACUGAUUAACAAGACAGACAACACACGCUUAUGCGUUCGCCACGCAGUGGUGAUGUCAUAGGUGUGUACCCUGCUAUAGCAAGUGCAAUACCAAACAAACUUCGUUUCGUGCUACUGUAUAUUGUCUCGAAGUAGAGCUUUUUAACUUGGUGCAUUAUAAAUAUAGAACAACUGUUUUAUGAUUAAUAAAAGUUGAGUUUUUAUUAAGAAAAUUCAAGAAAA